UACGGUUGCCUAGCUUCACACUUAUUUACAGUCACAACUUUCCUGUGUAUGGCAGACUAUUAUUGAACAGUUCAUAGUACACUCUUGUUUACUUUUUUUGCAUUUAAUCAGAGGCAAUAAUGUUUAACAACAAAAAAUACGUGUUUGGUGAUCAAAACGUCAAGGUUCCGGCUCAUUUGAAUUUCGGCAAAUACAUAUUGGAUCAACUUCGCCUUAGGAAAAAUGAAGUGGCUUUGGAACUUUUCGACACCGGUGAAAAGAUGACGUACAAGGAGUUGACGCAAUUUGCGGUGAACCUGGCCAUUGGGCUGAUUAAACUGGGAGUGGGCAUUGGGGAUACUGUGGCCGUGGGAUCUGAGAAACGCAACGAGUUCAUGUCCACCAUUCUUGGCAUUGUUUUCACUGGUGCCACUUAUACGCCUUAUGACUUGAAAAGUGGAAGAGCUGUAUUGAAGCACAAAAUAUCUAUCACACAGCCGAAAUAUUUCAUAUGUUCCAAUUUGUUCUGGAACACAUACAGCGAUAUUUUGAAGUCUUUUGACUGCAUACAAACAUUUAUAACUUUGGACGACGCCAUAGAAUUCGUGGUGUCUGUGAAAACUUUGAUUGCACGGGACGCUGACGUGGAUCUCUUUGAGCCAGUGGCAGUACAAGGACAGACAGACGUAGCUUUUAUUUUAUAUUCGUCAGGCACUACGGGCAUGCCUAAAGGGGUGCAGCUGACGCAUCUGAAUUGUAUACUGAAUAGCUUAGCUGACGAUUUUAAAGACGAAUCUCUCAAAACUGUAUUUCUAUACGGGGAAUGGUAUCACAAUUACGACACAUUCAUGACUUACAAGUUUCUGUCCUUGGGAAGGCGAAUAGUUUAUGUGCAGGAGCCAUCACUGAUAUCAUUCUUAAGUUGCAUCCAAGGUUGUCAGGUAGACAUCGCAAUGAUUGUCCCUUCUGUCGUUGGAUACUUAUCAAAGUCAGACGAACUGGGCAAUUAUAAUUUGGACUCAUUAAAAAUUAUAUAUUCGCGCUCAUCGCCACUACACGUCAAGACCAUUGAGAAUGUUAAAAGGAAAUUACCAAAAUUGAAAAUCCUGCAAGGAUAUGGUAUGACUGAGUCAGGGGAGCCGACGUCACAGAGUUGGGCAACGAAAGGAUAUAAGCCGGGAAGCGUGGGUAUGGCUUCGCCAGGAAUAACUUUGAAGAUUGUUGAUCCAGUCAACAACGAUAUAUUAGGUCCGAAUGAACGCGGGGAAAUUCGACUAAGAGGGCCUGUGUUCAUGAAAGGCUACAUAGGGAUGGACCCUUCCUCAUAUUUAGAUCAUGGAGGUUUCUUCAAAACAGGCGACCUGGGAUACUAUGAUGAAGACAAAUACUUCUUCAUCGUUGAUAGAAUGAAAGAAAUUAUUUCCUAUGACGGCAAUAAGAUAGCACCUUUAGAGCUAGAAGCUGUAUUACAGCUCCAUCCAGCUGUAAAAGAGGCCGGGGUGGUGGGGAAGCCCGUGCCAGAUUUCGGGGAAGAACCGACCGCGUUUGUUGUCAGACAACCGGGAAUGGAUGUCAGUGAAGAGGAGCUAGUCAAGUUUGUUGCUUCGGAGGUACCACCAUACAUGCAGCUAAGGGGCGGGGUGAAAUUUAUAGAAGAAAUCCCAAGAAACUCCCGAGGGAAGAUUCUUCGUCGCCGACUCAGAGAGCUUCUGAGUAACAAGCCUUAAAUUAAUAUGAAAGCAAAUUGAAUGCCUAAAAUGAGUGUACAGAAUUUCAUUUGUAUUCAACUGAUAACGUAUGAAGAAGCCUUAUUUUAUAUACGACCCUUUAUGAGUCUAUUAUGAAAUAUAUUUUAUGAUACUAAAUAUGCGAUUCAAAGAAAUGUAAUCGUAAAUGUUACCAUGAAUGUAUCGUAUAAUUUUUAAUAUAAGUAUUUUCUCAGUGUAUAUGUUAGCCUAGCUCAAAUUAAAUAAAUAUUUUUA